AUGUUCAGACCGCUCGUGCACCAGGGCCGCCUCGAGGGUGGCCAGCUGCUCGCCGUGGCGCUGCUCCGCGGUGUCGUGCGUUUCCUGGGCGCCACGCUCCGCCUCCUCGGCGCGCUGCCGCGCGUGCUCAAGCGCCACCGGAGGCUUUCGACCUCGUCUGCGUGCUGCGCCCGCUCGUGCUCCAGGGCCGCCUCGAGGGUGGCCAGCUGCUCGCCGUGGCGCUGCUCCGCGGUGUCGUGCGUUUCCUGGGCACCACGCUCCGCCUCCUCGGCGCGCUGCCGCGCGUGCUCAAGCGCCACACCGGAGGCUUUCGACCUCGUCUGCGUGCUGCGCCCGCUCGUGCUCCAGGGCCGCCUCGAGGGUGGCCAGCUGCUCGCCGUGGCGCUGCUCCGCGGUGUCGUGCGUUUCCUGGGCACCACGCUCCGCCUCCUCGGCGCGCUGCCGCGCGUGCUCAAGCGUCCACAC